AUGGCAACACAGACCGUCUUGAACGGAGUCAACGGAGUCAGUGGACACUCCCAACCCCCUGAGGUCUCGAUGCCGUCGAUCCAUCUGCCGUCCAACUUCAGGAUCCAACCACAAGAUGAGAGGCUCAAGCGUGGUUUCGAGCCAGGCAAGCCCCUUCUCCCACCGGCCUCCCCUCCGAGCACAACAAUUCCACCGCUCAGCGUGCUUUCAAACUUCAGCGGUACGUUCCACGGGACUGGCUUCAACACUAUAUUCCGACCGAACAAUGGAACCAGUAGUAACACCACGUUUCCCAACCCUGUCUCUCCGGCCCCACCGGCAGUGCCGAAUGACAAUACCCUGGAGCUCAAUUUGACCCAGGAGACGUUGGCCUUCGACCAGGCUCUCGGCAACGUUCCAAACCGUGGUUUUGGCACACAGGGCGACAUCUUCCUCAACGGUGUACCCUACCGCCAGACCAUCAACGAUGUGUCCAAUCCUGCCACCGGUAAAGGAGAUGGUACUCCCUCUGGUAUCCAUUUUGAGCCAGGACUGUGGAUGCACAUCCCAGCCACCACUUCCGACCCCGUUGUUCCCGAGUCGCUGAACCGUAUGGGCUCAAUCCCCCAUGGGACCACGAUUAACGCUCAAUGUCUUGACCCCACGUCCACUGUCGGCAUUGUGGAUGGACCACCGACAAUUCCAGCGGUGAAUAUCACACCAUCCGCCCUCGUGUCUGGAAAGUCGAUCCCCUUCCCUUCUCAAACGGCGGCCAGCACAGACACAGCCCGCUUACCACAGGACCUUACCAAGUUCAUUGCGGCUGGCACUAUCACCCAGGCCAUACUCACCGAUCCGGCCACCGUCCUACGCAACGCCAUCGUGGGCCAGAAGAUUACUAACACCAUCUUCUUCACUGUCUCAACCACUCCAGCGACACCUGAGCUCGGCGGCGGCACUGCGAACACCGGGUUCCUGAUCGGAGCCAGUACGGGCACAAACACCGGUCCCAAUGCCCAAGCGACGGCGAUGACGGCGACCUUCUGGAUCGAGACCGUACAAUACGAGCUCCGAGUCCCGGCCUGGAAACCAGGGCAUCCCGCCAUGAUCAUCCAGGCGCCGGUUCCAGCGGGGAAUACCAGUGGUGUCCCCACGCCAACGUUCCUGGUCCACCCGCCAUACGAGAUCCCCAAGCCGCAGACGAUCACGGUCUCGGCGACUCAGAUCCAGUACUCGCAGCUCGUCAAUCUCGUGUUUGCGGGGCUGGUCUGGCCGCAUUCGUCCCAUGCGACGUUGGUGCCUCUGGAUCCUGUGCCUGUCCCGGCCUCGGCGUUCGGCAAGGUGAAGUAG